AUGACAGUUUUUUUCAACGAAGUCGACCACCAUUCGUAUGUUGAUCGCGAACUUUCCGCCAAUCUGGACUCCACUGACGCGUUCGAGGGUCCUGAAAAGCUUUUGGAGAUUUGGUUCUACGGAAAUGCAAGUUCCGUGCCCGACGAAAACAAAACUCUGCGGUCCAUUGAUUUCAGCACUUGGGUGAACCUGUUGAAAUUGGUGAAAUGCCAAGUCUUGUCUAUCAAACAGACCGACAAAAUGAAUGCGUUUUUGCUAAGCGAAUCGUCGCUAUUUGUCUUUGAUCACAAGCUCACGCUCAAGACGUGUGGUACCACGACCACGCUUUCGUGUUUGGAGGAGCUCUUCCGUACAGUGAGGGACUGUAUUGGCUGGAACUUCUCGUUGGAGGACAAAUUGAACCCUUACAAAGUGUUUUACUCGAGACGCUGCUUCAUGUUCCCAAAGAGGCAGCAGGGCAUUCACCGCAAUUGGGAUGACGAAACGCAGUACUUGGACAAGUUUUUCGCCAAUGGGAAGAGCUAUCUGGUUGGUCGUUUGGGCCAGGCAAGCCACUGGAAUUUGUAUGUGACGGAAACCAACCGUGGGCUGGAAAAAGCGCGUGUAAAGGGAGGACCAGAAGCCAAUGAUGACGAUGAAACUUUGGAAAUGCUCAUGACAGGGCUACGUCCAGGAAAGGCUUCCCAAUUUGUGACGUCUCGAGAACCCGGCCAUUUCGUGGAAGGCGACGGGGAGGACGAAGGCCAUGUUUUGGGCGCGGAAGUGACACGAGCCACGGGGCUAGACCGGGUCUAUGAUAACGUUCAACAGGCCGAUUUCCAACAGGAUGCAUUUGCAUUCACUCCAUGUGGAUACUCUGCUAACAUCACGUUGGACCACGAAUACUACUAUACGUUGCACGUGACCCCGGAGGAUGGCUGGUCGUAUGCAUCUUUUGAGAGCAACGUUCCGGUUCGUGAGAUUUCGCAAGAAACACAGGACAAUGUCACCGUUAUGCAGCGGGUAUUGGCCAUAUUCCAACCUUCCGAUUUUUGUUUGACCUUCUUUUCGCGCCACGUACAAAACGACAACUUUGUCAAGCUCAGCAAACUUACCGGGAUGCUUGCCAAUUAUGUUUGCCAGGACAAGAUUGUUUACGACUUGGAUGAUUAUCACCUUUUGUAUCUGAGAUUUGAGCGCAUCAAUUGA